GCCCCGCCCCCCCCGGGGUUCCCAGCAUGCCCCGCGCGGACAGGAUGCGGCGGCGGAGGCGGGGCAAGGAAGGGGCGGGGUGAAGAGGAGAGAAGGGCGUCGGUUUUGCGACAGGGGCGGGGCGGUGCGGAAGCGGAAGUGGAGGGUGCGCUUGGCGGCGGCGGCGGGAGCUGCGGAGUCGGGAAUCAAAACAAAGGGCCUGGGGGGGCGGGGGGAAGGCGGCGGGGCCGGAAUGUGAGCGGAGGUGGAGCCGGCGGCAGAGGGUGGAAGAAUGAAAGAAAAGAAAGAUGAAAGGAUGUUGAAUCACUUUGCAUGGCUGUAUGAUGGAAGGAAAGGGAACUGAGAACUCCUGCAGUAGAACACGUGGAUGGCUUCAACAAGAUAAUGAUGCUAAGCCAUGGCUUUGGAAAUUCUCUAAUUGCUUUUCUCGUCCUGAGCAGACGCUGCCACAUAGUCCCCAAACGAAAGAGUACAUGGAGAACAAGAAGGUUGCUGUGGAACUAAAGGAUGUACCAUCACCCCUUCAUGCUGGCUCUAAGCUUUUUCCAGCAGUCCCACUUCCUGAUAUUCGUUCUCUUCAGCAGCCUAAAAUACAGCUUUCUUCUGUCCCUAAAGUAAGCUGCUGUGCUCAUUGCCCUAAUGAACCCUCCACUUCGCCAAUGCGUUUUGGUGGUGGUGGUGGCAGUAGCGGAGGUACCAAUAGCUUGAUUCACCCGGGCGCACUGUUAGACUCGCAAAGCACCAGGACAAUCACGUGUCAGGUAGGGUCAGGGUUUGCUUUCCAGUCUGCAUCUUCACUCCAGAAUGCCUCAGCUAGGAACAAUUUGGCAGGCAUUGCAAGUGACUUUCCCAGCAUGUGUCUAGAGAGUAACCUGUCUUCCUGCAAACACCUGCCCUGUUGUGGAAAACUCCACUUCCAGUCAUGUCAUGGUAAUGUGCACAAGCUGCAUCAGUUUCCGAGUCUGCAGGGCUGCACCUCCGCUGGCUAUUUCCCCUGUUCUGAUUUCACAAGCGGGGCUCCGGGGCAUUUGGAAGAGCACAUUUCACAGUCGGAGCUAACGCCUCACUUGUGCACCAACUCUUUGCACCUUAAUGUGGUACCUCCGGUUUGUUUAAAGGGCUCACUUUACUGCGAAGACUGUCUAAACAAGCCAGCAAGAAAUAGCAUAAUCGAUGCGGCUAAAGUCUGGCCAAAUAUACCACCUCCAAAUACUCAACCUGCACCUCUUGCUGUCUCUCUGUGUAAUGGCUGUGGAACCAAAGGAACAGGGAAGGAGACCACGUUGUUAUUGGCGACCAGUCUAGGCAAAGCUGCUUCAAAAUUUGGGUCACCAGAAGUUGCAGUAGCUGGACAGGUGCUAGAAAACUUACCCCCCAUUGGAGUUUUUUGGGAUAUUGAAAACUGCUCCGUUCCCUCUGGCCGGUCAGCAACUGCUGUUGUGCAAAGAAUCCGUGAGAAGUUUUUUAAAGGUCACAGAGAAGCAGAAUUCAUCUGUGUAUGUGACAUCAGUAAAGAAAACAAGGAAGUUAUUCAAGAGCUGAAUAAUUGCCAGGUAACCGUUGCCCACAUCAAUGCUACUGCAAAGAAUGCCGCUGAUGAUAAACUGCGGCAGAGUCUCCGCAGGUUUGCAAAUACACACACUGCUCCAGCCACAGUGGUUCUUGUGUCAACUGAUGUCAAUUUUGCAUUGGAACUUAGUGACCUGAGACACAGGCAUGGUUUCCACAUUAUUUUGGUCCAUAAAAACCAGGCCUCAGAAGCACUGCUGCAUCAUGCUAACGAGCUGAUCAGAUUUGAAGAGUUCAUUUCCGACUUGCCCCCCAGGUUACCACUAAAAAUGCCACAGUGCCACACUCUGCUCUAUGUUUAUAACCUACCAGCAAAUAAAGAUGGCAAGAGCGUCAGCAACAGGCUCAGACGCCUGUCCGAUAAUUGUGGUGGGAAAGUGCUGAGUAUCACAGGCUGCAGUGCAAUUCUCCGCUUCAUAAACCAAGAUAGUGCAGAGCGUGCUCAGAAGCGAAUGGAAAACGAAGAUGUCUUUGGUAAUAGGAUCAUUGUGUCAUUUACUCCAAAAAAUAGAGAACUCUGUGAAACAAAGAGUUCAAAUGCAAUUGCUGAUAAAGUGAAGUCUCCCAAAAAACUUAAGAAUCCAAAAUUGUGCCUCAUCAAAGAUGCAAGUGAACAAUCUUCCAGUGCCAAAGCCACGCCUGGAAAAGGGUCACAGGCAAAUUCUGGAUCUGCUACAAAAAAUACAAAUGUUAAAAGUUUACAGGAGCUGUGCCGCAUGGAGUCAAAAACUGGUCAUAGAAACAGUGAGCACCAGCAAGGUCACCUGAGGCUGGUCGUACCCACUCAUGGUAACUCAAGUGCUGCAGUGCUGACGCUGAAAAACUCGGGAGUGGCAGAACCCGUUUACAAAACCAGUCAGAAAAAAGAGAACCUCAGUGCCCGAAGUGUUACCAGUUCUCCUGUAGAGAAAAAAGAUAAAGAGGAGACCGUAUUCCAAGUGAGUUACCCGUCUGCUUUUAGCAAGUUAGUUGCAUCCAGGCAAGUCAGUCCUCUGCUCGCAUCUCAGUCUUGGUCUUCUAGCAGGAGUAUGUCUCCAAACCUUUUUAACAGAGCAUCCCCGCUUGCUUUCAACAUUGCAAAUUCGAGCACCGAAGGCGACUGCCCAGACCCAUUUGCAAAUGGUGCUGAUGUCCAAGUCAGCAACAUAGACUACAGAUUAUCCCGGAAGGAGCUGCAGCAGCUCCUGCAGGAAGCAUUUGCCAGGCAUGGCAAGGUGAAGAGUGUUGAGCUCAGCCCCCAUACAGAUUAUCAGCUCAAGGCUGUUGUGCAAAUGGAAAACUUACAAGAUGCGAUUGGUGCAGUGAAUAGCCUCCACAGAUACAAAAUUGGCAGCAAAAAGAUCCUAGUCUCACUUGCCACUGGGGCUGCCAGCAAAUCACUCUCUUUACUGAGUGCAGAAACAAUGUCUGUUCUUCAGGAUGCCCCUGCCUGUUGCCUGCCUCUGUUUAAAUUUACAGAUAUCUAUGAAAAAAAGUUUGGACACAAGUUGAAUGUGUCAGAUCUAUAUAAAUUAACAGACACGGUCGCAAUCCGUGAACAAGGAAACGGACGGCUGGUGUGUCUCCUACCCAGCAGUCAGGCCCGCCAGAGCCCCUUGGGGUCUUCCCAGUCACACGAUGGCUCCUCCACAAAUUGCAGCCCAAUUAUAUUUGAAGAGUUAGAAUAUCACGAGCCUGUCUGCAGACAGCAUUGUUCCAAUAAAGAUUUCAGCGAACAUGAAUUUGAUCCAGACUCUUACAAGAUUCCUUUUGUGAUUCUUUCUUUGAAGACAUUUGCGCCCCAGGUUCACAGUCUUCUCCAGACCCACGAGGGCACCGUGCCUUUAUUGAGCUUUCCAGAUUGUUACACUGCAGAGUUUGGCGAUCUAGAAGUAGUGCAAGAAAACCAAGGAGGUGUUCCCUUAGAACACUUCAUUACCUGUGUUCCAGGUGUAAACAUUGCCACUGCUCAGAAUGGAAUCAAAGUGGUUAAAUGGAUUCACAACAAGCCCCCACCUCCCAACACUGACCCUUGGCUUCUGCGUUCGAAGAGUCCUGUAGGUAACCCCCAGCUGAUCCAGUUCAGUAGAGAAGUGAUUGACUUGCUGAAAAGCCAGCCAUCCUGUGUCAUACCCAUCAGUCAUUUCAUCCCAUCCUAUCACCAUCAUUUUGCAAAGCAGUGCCGAGUGUCAGACUACGGAUACUCCAAGCUGAUUGAGUUAUUAGAAGCAGUGCCUCAUGUAUUGCAGAUUCUUGGAAUGGGCUCCAAACGUCUGCUGACCCUUACCCACAGGGCCCAGGUGAAGCGCUUUACUCAGGAUUUACUAAAACUUCUCAAAUCCCAGGCCAGCAAACAGGUCAUUGUGCGAGAAUUCUCACAGGCUUAUCACUGGUGUUUCUCAAAGGACUGGGAUGUCACUGAAUAUGGUGUUUGUGAGUUGAUUGACAUCGUAUCAGAGAUUCCAGACACAACCAUCUGCUUAUCCCAACAAGAUAAUGAAAUGGUGAUUUGUAUCCCCAAAAGAGAACGCACUCAGGAUGAAAUAGAAAGAACAAAACAGUUCUCCAAGGAUGUCGUUGAUUUGCUGCGUCACCAACCCCAUUUCCGGAUGCCCUUUAAUAAAUUUAUCCCCUCUUACCAUCACCACUUUGGCCGGCAGUGCAAACUUGCAUACUAUGGGUUUACCAAACUACUUGAACUUUUUGAAGCCAUACCUGAUACUUUACAAGUAUUGGAAUGUGGAGAAGAAAAGAUCCUUACUCUGACAGAGGUGGAGCGGUUCAAAGCUCUAGCUGCCCAGUUUGUUAAACUCCUUCGGUCCCAAAAAGACAACUGCCUUAUGAUGACAGAUCUCCUUACAGAAUAUGCUAAAACUUUUGGUUAUACAUUUCGUCUCCAAGACUAUGAUGUCAGUUCCAUUUCGGCUUUAACUCAGAAACUCUGCCAUGUCGUGAAGGUUGCUGAUGUAGAAUCUGGCAGACAGAUUCAGCUGAUCAACCGAAAGUCUCUGCGAUCUCUCACUGCCCAGUUGCUGGUAUUGUUGAUGUCUUGGGAAGGAACCACCCAUCUUUCUGUUGAGGAGCUCAAGAGACAUUACGAAAGUACCCACAACACUCCCCUUAACCCCUGUGAAUAUGGAUUCAUGACCUUGACUGAACUGCUGAAGAGCCUGCCAUACUUGGUUGAGGUUUUCGCUAAUGAUAAGAUGGAAGAAUGUGUGAAGCUCACAAGUCUGUAUUUGUUUGCGAAGAACGUGCGGUCUUUACUUCAUACUUACCACUACCAGCAGAUUUUCCUUCAUGAGUUUUCCACGGCCUAUACCAAGUAUGUCGGAGAAACUCUGCAGCCCAAGACCUACGGCCACAGCAGCGUGGAGGAGCUCUUGGGAGCAAUUCCACAGGUGGUCUGGAUAAAAGGACAUGGUCAUAAGAGAAUUGUAGUGUUAAAAAAUGACAUGAAAAGUCGUUUGAGUUCACUCGGUCUCUCCCCCGCCAAUCAUGAAAACCAGCCCUCGGAGGGCGAGCGCAUCCUGGAGGUGCCCGAACUGCACACAGCCUCGGAACUCAAGCUUGGAGCCGACGGCAGUGGGCCCAGUCACACAGAGCAGGAGCUUCUCCGCCUGACCGACGACUCCCCCGUCGACCUCCUGUGUGCGCCCGUCCCCUCGUGCCUGCCGUCCCCUCAGCUGAGACCAGACCCCGUUAUCCUCCAAUCUGCUGAUCUCAUUCAGUUUGAGGAGCACCCUCAAGAGCCUUCUGAAAUUAUGAUUUUAAACCAAGAAGAAAAAAUGGAGAUUCCAAUACCAGGAAAGAGUAAAACUCUGACCUCUGACUCCAGCUCGUCCUGCAUCUCAGCAGCUGUCCCCGUGCCUCCCUGCCCCUCCUCGGAAACCUCCGAGUCACUGCUCAGCAAGGACCCUGCGGAAAGCCCGGCCAAAAAGCAACCCAAAAAUAGAGUCAAAUUGGCAGCCAACUUUUCCUUAGCACCUAUAACCAAGCUUUAACUCCCAUUUUGAAUAUAGAAUUAGGAUGGGAAAACACUGUCUGAUUCUGCACACAAAAGUGGGUUUCAAAAAUACAUCCUCUUCUGUGCCAUGAAACCCCCCGAAGCCAUUUACUUCAUCUUACCUGUAUUCCAUCAUGUUUUUCUUUUCCAUUGAACACAGCUUUGAGCUGAAGUCUUUCUUUUCUUUCUUCUUCCCUUUUCUUUCUUUUCUCAAUUAUUUGAAGAACUUGUGGCAUUUGUUAAAGAAUCCUUAAUAUAUUUUACCAAAUUUUUCGUAACUAUUAUGAAAUACAAUGGUGUUCCAAAAGAAGAAAGCACUAAGAACUCAACUAGCAGGAAGCGGUUUUGCUUCCAUUGAGCCACGUCGGUGGUGUCAUCCUACGUGUAGCAUAAUAUAGUCUCUCAGCCUUUGCUUACUGGUGUUGCCAACAGUAUUAACCCAGUGCGUGGCAUGUCUUUGAAGCAAAGCCUGUCCCGCUAGCCUGUGUGUUCACACACUGAAGGAGAGGGGUUGGGAGUGUAUUUUCAGGUUGGAAUGUGAAGGUUCCAGGCUUCCAUGUGACUUGUAAGUGUGCCUUGUUUUUUAUUUAAACUAUGUCUGUAGUUGACAAACGUGGCUUCAUCAGAAAUUUUUUUAAACGUUUCUACUUUGGAGUUCCAUUUAGGAGCUUUCUAGAAAGUUGAGGAUGUUUUAAGCUUCCCUUCUGUGUUCCAGUUUGAUAUGGGUUAGGUUAAGGAAAAGGAGAUGGUCUCGACGUCAUGGAUUUAAAGUCAGCAUUUGGAUUACAACACACAUUAUUGUGUGUCAAGAGGCAGCAUUGCAAAGAGUCUGAUUUUCUAAAAUAUGCAUCAAGUGCAUAAAUUACAAAUCAGAGCUGAGUGGGGAGGUGCUUCAGCAGCAGCGGGAUCAAUACGAUUUCCACUGGGAAGAGAGGAAUUCUACCUACACAUAGGAAGGCCAAGGUUGAUCCACUUAACCUUGUUAUUAUAAUUUUAAAGCUGGUAUUGGUAGCUGGGAAGCUUUAUGUGUGUGUAUGUCAGCUCAGCAUCUUUUAAUCGUGUCUGAUUUUACUCUCGUUACUUCUCGCUGUUGGAAGCAUGUCUGGGUUUUUUGUGGCGUCUGGUGUGGAACGGCCUUCCUCUCUAGGUGCCUGAGGUGUCCGCUGAUGGGUGGCCUCUCACCCCCCCCAAGGAAACCUGACAUUUACAAUGGAUUGUAUUUGUCGGGCAAAAAAGGCGGAUUCAUUCAUAGAGCAGAAAGAACCUGUUGGCGUAAGGUCUUCCACUAGCUAGAUGGUUUCUUUUGGGGAAAUGUUUAUAUUUGGUAACUUCUAGAAAGCCAGAAAAUGGACUCUGAUUUCAUAGCCAGCAUUUUGAUAAAAUGCCACAAAAUAAAGGUUAUAGAGAGAUUUUUACAAGUCAGAUUUUUUGUUCCCCAAAUCUUUUAAAUGAAGCCAGUGAUUCCCAGUUCUCAACACAUGGCCCCAGUCAAGACAGAACACCAUGGAAAAAACCCUCUAUUAUGGCACUCUCCGAAUCCUCCUGAAGGCAUUUCCUCUACAGACAUAGUGUUACAGGAAGUGAAAUGCAAAUGUGCAAUUUUUUUAAAGGAGCUUUUAAACAAAGUAAUAAUAGUUGGUGUUGAGAACAUCAGUUGCCUUAUUCUAAGAUUUCAUAAGGCUGAGUUUGCACGCUUGGACUUCAGUUUUGCUAGCAUGUAAAGAGUGGUGGACUUUAAAACCAUAAGAGGUAUCAUUACAAGUCACCUGGAACAGACUCAAAGAACAGGUUCUUUGGGCAACAGAGAAAGAAGAAUCAAGUUCUGUGCUGUCCUGUGAGUGUGUCUGAGUACCAUUCACUGGAGUUGCUGCUUAGGUCUGGGACGUGUGUGUGACUCUUAACAAUCGCUGUCUGAAAAUGAGAGAGAAGACGUCGGAAGCACAUUGUGUUCAUAAUGUACUCCACAAUGGCCAGUCUAAUUGCUAUGUAUUUUCUUAUCCAGAGGCUUAAUUAAAUGAUGUGGUAAAAUGAUGUUUGAGCAUUAAGACAAAGUAAUUCUUUAUUUCUGGGUGGAAAGAUGUACCGGAUUAAAUUUAUCUGUUUAAAAAAAAUGACAAAAGUUAUCACCAAAACCCCCUUUCCCAUCUUGCACUGUUUGUUUUGGAUUGGGUUUGGGGGAAAGAGAUGUUUUUCUUAGUUGUCUACUUUGUUUGAACACUUUUGUUGUGGUUCAAGUGCUGUUUUGUGUGUUGGGACCAAACAGUUGUCAAUAAACCUUACAAGCGAGCAUCUA